AUGAAGUUGGUCCAGUUUGUCACCCUCUUCGGAGGUGCUGCACUUGCAGUCCAGCCUCUUGUAGCUCCUUAUGGCCAGCGUGCCCUGAACGAUACCCAAUCCACGGUUAUCAUGGGCACGUCCACGCACCUGGUCUCCGAGAUCUGCACUGAUGUUGCGAGAUGCCCUCCUUAUACCACCGAGGUCCAGACUUCUGUCAUUCACGUCACCGACACGACCACCGUCUGCCUUCUUUCUUCGACGCCUUCGGGAUAUGUACCUCCGGCUUCUGCUACUACAACUCUGUCAGUUACCAGCUCGGUAUAUCCCACUGAAUCUGGGGUCUCGGUCAGCAUUAUACCAGGCUCUCACAUCUCUGUGUAUUCGAGUGUCAAUAUCUCUCCACAGACCAGCGCCUUGACUACCGAGGUCACUUCCUCAAGCAUUUACGUGUCGCCGUCUGUUACACUUUCUCAGCUGUCCGUGUCAGUCAGCCACGUUCCCACCCCAAAGCCGAGUGCAUCAGCCUCAUACACAGUCACAAGCACUCCGGUGGUAAGCAUAUCCAGCGCGACUUCGUCGGUCUCAAUCACCAACACUGUUGGUAUCUCAUACCCGCUAUCUUCGGUAGGUUCGAGCUCUACUGGCUAUUCAAGUGCGCCCAUCUCGCCUCCUGCCGUCUCGGUAGUCCCUUCGUACGCAGACUCUAGCUCAGUUGCUACUUAUAGUUCGUCGGUGGUCUCUCACUCAUAUCCUGGCCCCAACACUUCAAGCAGCUUGGCAGGUACCUCGACUGAUUUCGUCCUGGUUCCUACCUAUGUCUUCGAUACUACUUCAACGCCAGGCUACGUUCUGUCUUAUACAGCCACGCCAUCGAGCAGCCAUACCAACACACUGUCUACUUCUUCUAUAUCAUCAUACCCAGGAGCUAGCUUUGCAGGUUCAUCUUCGGAAGGGUACGUUGUUUCGCCAGGCAGCACCUUUGUGCCAAUUUCUUCCACAGUUCUUUCACCGACUUGGCCAUCCUCGAGCGGGUACACGAUACCAUCUGGCUCUCCCAGCUUUUGGUCGCCAACAUACCUGAGCUCUGCCGUACACGAGAGCACGAAUGUGAUUACCAGCUAUCAUGUGCAUCUGUCCACAUCCUAUAUUACUACAUCGACUUCUGGUAGUCCCGGAAACCACACCGAGACCAGCGCUCAGACUGUGCCUACAUAUCUUCCAUCGGGCGUCUCUUCAGGUCCUUCUGGAUCUGGGUACCCAUACCCCUACGCCAGCGCAAACGGAUCGGUUGUUGGUCCAUCACCCAGUUACAUGGAGGUUCCGUUCAACACAGGCCACCGCAUUGGCGCUGGGAGAUGGUGUGGUGCAGUCGUUGUCCUGGUUCUCAGCCUUGCCAGCUGGGCAUAG